GGCGCGGCCCGGGAGAGGGGGAGUGGCUAAACGAGGGGGCGCGGUAGGGGCGUGGCCUCGUGGUGGGAGGAACAUCUUCCCCAUAGCAACGGGGGCGGGGUCUCGUCCCCAUGGCAACGGGGGGCGGGGCCUCGGGGGCCGCCGGGAGCCGCCGUGCGGACCUCCCCGCAGGGAUGGAAGGGCGCGGGGAGGAGGCGCCGGAGCCGGAGGUGUCGGAGCCAUCGGAGGAGGAGGAGGAGGAGGCGGAGGAGGAGGAUGAAGGCUCCGGGGUGCGGGUGACGCCGGCGCUGCUCAAGGCCACCACGGGCGAGUUCUCGCUGGAGUCCAUCCUGCUGCUGCGGCUGCGCGGCCGCGGCAUCGCCCACCUGGGCUGCCUGGCCGACUGCUCCAACCUGGAGUGGCUGGACCUGUCCGGCAACGCCAUCGCGGGGCUGGCGCCGCUGGCCGCGCUGCGCGCCCUGGCCGUGCUCAACCUGGCGGGCAACCGCGUGGCCAGCGUGGAGCCGCUGCGCGGCUGCCACAGCCUGCGCCAGCUCAACCUGGCCGGGAACCGCCUGCGCAGCCUGCGCCAGCUGCGCUGCCUGCAGGGCCUGCGGCACCUGGAGAGCCUGCGCCUGCGGGACCCGCUGGGCAACCUGGGCAACCCGCUGUGCGCCGCGCCCGCCUACCGCGCCGCGCUGGCCGCCAUGCUGCCCGGCCUCAAGGCCAUCGACGGGCAGCGCGUGGCCGGCCGCGGCAGCGAGCUCUUCCGCCUGUGCCGCGAGCUGGACGCCGCGCUGGACGGCGAGGACGCGCCCGCCGCCGCCGCGCCCGCGGAGCCGCCGCAGCCCUGGGUGCAGGCCGGCUUCUGGGAGGCGCGGCCCGCGCGCCGCAGCGCCGUGCUGGAGGAGGCCACGCGGCAGCUGGGCCAGGCCCUGCGCGAGUGCCGCGAGCUCGGCCGCCGCGCCGACGACUCCAUCGCCCAGGCCCAGCGCGCGCUCGGCCGCCGCCACCACGGCGACUUCGGCUUCUGAGCGCCGGCGGGCCGGGAGAGACCACGGCGCGGCCGGGAGAACCCCCCCAAAGGCGCCGCGGCCUGGAGCCUGCGUUGUCUGAGCUGUGGCACCCCAAAGAUGGGAAGGGAGAGCCCCCCAAAGACACCGCAGGCCAAAGCCACCGUCAUCUGAGCCACAGGACCCCGAGAACGGGGCCAGGAGAACCCCCAGAGCCACACCAGCCUGUGGGACCGCAAAACCAGGGCUGGGAUACCCCCAGAGCCAUCACGAGUCCAGCUCCUUCAUCUUCCCAACUGUGGGACCCCAAAAACAGGUCUAGGAGCCCCUCAGUGCCACCCCUGCCCAGCUUCAUUUUCUUGGCCACGGCAGCCCAGAAACGGAUCCAGGAAAAGCCCCAGAGGCCACACUGUCACCGUGAGACCCCCAGAGCCGCCACCAACCUGUCUCCUUCCUCCUCUGAGCCGUGGGACCCCCACACUGGAGCCUGGGUACCCCCAGAGCCACCCCAGCCCGGCACAGGAUCCCCAGGGAGCACCAGGGGAGCCGUGGGGAGCCCAGCCUCGGCUUUGGGACAUGGCGGGGACAGGGGACGUGGUGGCACUGUGCAUUAAACAUGUCCCACCCUCCUGUG